AAGCUUGUCCCCUGCUGGAAAAUGGGAUGGCAGCACCCGCUUCCUCAGAUGAGGAAGACGAGGCUCCUCGAGGAAACGCGAUAGACCCACAGCCACAGAACUCGGUGGUCGAGGUGCAGCAAUCAGGUGUGCCGUCGCGGGGUCCAUGCCGUGAGGCCGGGAGGAGCCCCGCCGCCAGCAUGCCGUGGGACGCGCGGCGGCCCGGGGGCGGCGCGGACGGCGGGCCCGAGGGCUCGGGCGCAGCGCGCUCACGGGCGCAGAAGCAGUGCCGCAAGUCGUCGUUCGCCUUCUACCAGGCGGUGCGCGACCUGCUGCCGGUGUGGCUGCUGGAGGACAUGCGCGCCAGCGAGGCCUUCCACUGGGACGAGCGCGGGCGCGCCGCCGCCUACUCGCCGUCCGAGGCGCUGCUCUACGCGCUCGUGCAUGAUCACCAGGCGUACGCGCACUACCUGCUGGCCACGUUCCCGCGGCGCGCUCUCGCGCCUCCCAGCGCUGGCUUCCGCUGCUGCGCGGCGCCGGGGCCGCACGUGGCGCUGGCUGUGCGCUACAACCGCGUGGGCAUCCUGCGCCGCAUCCUGCGCACCGUGCGCGACUUCCCGGCCGAGGAGCGCGCGCGUGUGCUCGACAGGCGCGGCUGCAGCCGCGUUGAGGGCGGUGGCACGUCGCUGCACGUGGCCUGCGAGCUGGCACGUCCCGAGUGCCUCUUCCUGCUGCUCGGCCACGGCGCCUCGCCUGGCCUGCGUGACGGUGGCGGCCUCACGCCGCUCGAGCUGCUGCUGCGCCAGCUGGGUCGCGAUGCCGGGGCCAGCCCUGCCGGCACCUCCGCUGCCACCGAGACCCCAGCCGCUGCGUCCGGGGAGCCGCGCCAGCGACGCUUGCUGCUUCUCGACCUGCUGGCGCUGUACACUCCUGCGGGCGUCGCCGGCCCGGCUCGCCGUGAGCUGCUGGGCGACCGGCCGCGCUGGCAGCGGCUACUGGGCGAGGACAAGUUCCAGUGGCUGGCGGGCCUGGCGCCGCCCUCGCUCUUCGCGCGUGCCAUGCAGGUGCUGGUCACCGCCAUUUCGCCCGGCCGCUUCCCUGAGGCCCUGGACGAGCUGCCGCUGCCUCCCUUCCUGCAGCCGUUGGACCUCACGGGCAAGGGCUAGACCCGGGGGCACCCUAGGCACUGGAUUUUGGGACAGAACUAUUUUUCAGAACGUUGUACCGGGCACUUUACAUAUAUUGAUCCCUCUACAGCA